GGAGAAGCGAGCGGCUCACCUCGCAAAGUAAAAAAAACCUCGACAGAUUCACAAAACGUAAAGUAACAUCGUCAACACUCGCAACAGCCCAUUCUCCCCGUAAAGGAUCAGACAGCACAAGAGAUCCGGGAUAGAGCCGUUUGCAUGAAUUGGCCAUGAUAUCAGGGCUUAUCGCAACAUCAUCUGCAAAUUCAUUCUCUGCUCUCUGAAUUAUCAAUCGUUUCUCCUCUGCCGUCCUGAUUAUUUCUUCCUGUAUACAGUCAACACAACUACCCACCCCACCGAUCCAACUGAUCCGUACCUCUAAACAAGAGAGGUUGAAAGCAUGUUUACGUUUGUGCCGCUUGUAGGAGAGUCUGCGACGCCGAGCCGGACGCUGGCGUCGCAAUCGCUGCUCACGUUUGAUUCAAAUGUGAGGGUGUUGAUUGAUGUCGGAUGGGACGAUCAGAUGACUGAGUCGAUGCUAUCCGAGUUGGAGCGAUUAACACCUACAAUCGACCUGAUCCUUCUCACGCACGCGACGUUUUCACACAUCGGAGCAUACGCAUACGCCUGCAAGCGAUUCCCCGGAUUCGACUCGAUUCCUGUAUAUGCUACGCUGCCGGUGAUCAACAUGGGCCGCAUGGCCACGAUCGACGCCUACACGACUGCGUGGUUCACGACCUCGCCCGCGUCCGAGGCGUCCUCGACGGCGGCGGCGGCGGCGGCGGCAGACGUAGCGCCGUCGGCGGUCGAUACUACUAUUCGGGUCUCUGAUAUUGACGCUAUCUUUGACAAAAUUCAAUCACUCAAGUACUCGCAGCAACUCAGUCUAUCCGCCAAACUCAGCUCUCUGCGCAUCACAGCCCACAACGCAGGACACUCUCUCGGCGGUACACUUUGGCGGCUGCAGUACGGACAGGAAGACGUUGUCUACGCGGUAGACUGGAACCAUGCGGUCGAGCGGCAUCUAAAUUCGUCAGCGCUACUCACCGCACCGGAUCAGCUCGGUCGACCGACGGCCCUGAUCUGCGGAGCACGGACGGGACUGGCAAUCAAAGGCCGAGAGGAGAUGCUGAUCUCUGCGAUCCUCCGCAGCCUCGACCGCGGAGGCGACGUGAUCCUGCCGACGUCCACGAGCGCGCGCGCGCUCGAGCUCUGUCUGCUCUUGGACGCGGUCUGGAGCGAGCGCCGGCUGCGGGAGCCGCUGCUGUUUGUGUCGCGGGUCGGUAGUCGGACGCUCGCUUAUGCGCGGUCGAUGCUGGAGUGGAUGUCGCCUGCGAUGGUGCGCGAGUGGGAGGAUAAAGGGUCGUCGCCGUUCACGUUCAAGUAUCUGCGGGUCGUGGCGACGGAGGAGGAAGCGCGCGCGGUGCGGGGACCAAAAGUCGUGCUUGCGAGCGGGCAGGGGUUGGAGUGGGGUGUCUCGCGCAGUGCGUUUGCGGAUAUAUGCGAAGACGAGCGGAGUAUGACGAUCUUCACACAGGGCGUUGAUCAGACUUCGUUUGGCGGCGAGGUGCUGGCUGCGUGGAAUGCCAGCGCGGCCGCGGAGGGCAAGAUGGCAGAGCACGGCGACGAGGCCGCGACGGAUGCAAGAGGCGGGCCGGUGUAUACAAGGAUACAAUUGAGGCGAGAGCUCGAGAUCCGGAAAAGUGUACCGCUGCAAGGUGAGGAGCUCGAGCGGUAUAUUUCGCAGGAGAAAGCGCGGAAGGCGCUUGCGGACCGGCAGUCGGCGAUCGAGCUGAAGAACCGGACGAUCUUGGACCAGGAGGCGUUUGACGAGAGCGAGAGCUCAGAGUCCGAGUCGGAAGACGAGGUCGAGAUCGACGAGGACGAAGAGGCGGCGGCAGACGCGGCGACGGAUAUCGGCGUGCUGGUGUUAUCGCAGGACAAUAGAGUGUACGACUACGACGUGCGGCAUGCAAAGGGUCUGAAAAAUAAGAUGUUUCCAUAUAUCCCCAAGCGAGUGCGGCGGGACCCUUACGGUGAAGUGAUCAAGAUCGAGGACUACGUGCGAGCAGAGGAGCGCGACGACGUGCGGAUGGAGGAUGCGAACGGGGGCGAGGACGGCGGAAAAGGCGGGCUGGGCAAGAUCGGCAUGAAGCGGAAGUGGACGCAGGAGCGCGCGGAGGAAGAGGAGCGGACGGUGGUGAUCCCGAGCAAGACGGUGAGCGAGCGACGGGUGGUGAACGUGAGGUGCGAGGUGACGUACAUCGAGUACGAAGGCCUUGCCGACGCGCGGUCGUUCCAGAUGAUCAUUCCACAGGUGCAACCGCGGAAACUGAUUUUCAUCAGCGGAAGCUUGGAGCAGGCGGACGGGUUGGCGGUCGCGAUGAGGAACGCGGGGAUCCAGGAUAUCUACGUGCCGGCGUCGGGCAAGCCGCUGAACUUGAGCAUGGAUGCGAACGCGUACAUGGUGACGCUGUCAUGGGAUCUGGCGCGACAGCUCAAGUGGCAGAGUACUGCGGCGGGAGAGUAUACGGUUGCGCAGGUGCGAUCCAAGGUCGCGAUCACGACGAACGCGAUUGCUACGCCGGCGGUGGAAGAGUCCGAGGCGGCGAUGGAAGAGGACGGAGAGGGCGAGGAAAAGGAGAAAGAAGGAGGAGACGAGCCGCCGUCAUCAUCAACCACCGAAAUCAUCCUGAACGCGUUGACGACCAAGCAAGAGCUAGCCGAGGCCGCAGCGCAAAGCAAGUCAGCGUUUGUAGGCGACGUGCGCCUUGCCGAGCUACGACGGAAGUUAGUGUCUGAGGGCCUGCACGCCGAGUUUCGAGGCGAGGGCGUGCUUCUUUGCGAGCGCAAGAUUGCGGUGCGGAAGCUUGCGAACGAUAAGGUUAUUAUUGAGGGAAGUGUUUCAAAGGAGUUUUACAGGAUACGGAGGAUUGUGGAUUCGUUCAUGGCUCGAGUUGUGUGAGACGAUGUACUAUAGUGUAAUAACAGUGGAAUCGGUAGACUGUGUCCGAUUAUAUGAUUCAUUGCAUAUUCACUUCCGUUACCCAGACCAAUGUAAUAGUCGCUAAGAUUAUGCGAGGUCAGCCCAGACCU